AUGACAGUUGCUGUAGCAAUAACAAUGAUUAUAUCAAUUGUUCUGUGCUUAAAAAAGAAAAAUUCGAAGAAGGAUGGCUUAAAUUUUACGCAGAAAACAUUUACGCCUAAUAAAAAUAAGGAAAAAGUUCAUGAAAUUGAUCGUUACAAUGAUGGUUCCAAACAAUUUCCUGAUUCAGAUAAUAAAGAAGCAUUUUAUCCUCCGGUUGCGGAACCCACACCAUCAACAAAAAGAAAACGAGAAGAAGAGCUGGAGAAAGAUAAAGAGGAGAAAAUCAGGGAAGGAUUUUAUCAGUCGCGAUCUGAUGAAGACGAUACACUUGAACCAAUCAAGAGCUUGAAAGAUGAAGAAACUGAUCCGGCGGAUAAAUCAAAUGCAUCGAGAAAAAUUAAACGAAUGAAAAAUGCUUCACAACGAACUGCACGAAAUGCAAAAUUGAAAACUCAUGCAAAUGAUGAAAAAAAGAAUGAGAAGUAA